AUGCAGGACAUUGUGCUGACUGCGCAAGAGGUCUUUACUGUGAUGACUAACUUGAAUCCCUUCAAAUCAGCCGGUCCUGACGAUGUACAUCCGGCAAUAGUCAAGCCACUAGCUGACAUCCUUCAACAUCCUGUUCUGGAGCUGUUCAACUUGUCGCUCCAGGAAUGCAAGUUGCCACGAGACUGGAAGGAAGCAGCCAUAGUUGCAAUUCACAAGGGUGGCUCCAAAUCGGAGCCCCUUAACUACAGACCCAUCAGUCUAACCUGUGUUCUGCUCAAGUGUUUAGAGAAGCUUAUAAGAAACCGGAUUUGUGAGCAUUUGGCGGAACACAAUCUACUUAGAGCAGAGCAGCAUGGUUUCAUUAAAAAGAAGUCGUGCCUCACUAAUCUACUGUGCUUCCUCGAUGAGAUUACUCGAUGUCUUGACGACGGGAUUCCGGUAGAGGUCUGCUAUCUUGACUUUAGCAAGGCUUUCGACUCAAUAAAUCACCGUUUCCUACUUGAAAAAUUAGCAUGGUUCGGAGUACAUCCUAGACUUCUGUCUUGGGUGUCAGAAUUCUUAUGUGGGAGAACGUUUCGAGUUAGAAUCGGUGAUGUGAGUUCUAGUGUGGGCGUGGCCUACAGUGGAGUACCCCAAGGAUCGGUGCUAGGUCCAAUUUUGUUUCUUAUGUUUAUAAACGACUUGGCUCCUCUUAUUGAAGACCCCUGUUACAUCUUUGCGGAUGACUUGAAGCUAGUCAGCAGGGGUAACCGUGCAACACUGGCCAAGGAUAUCAUCAGUGUGGCAAACUGGUCGAAGCAAUGGGACUUGCCCUUGAAUGCAAGCAAGUGCCAAAUUCUGACCACUAGUAGAGACGUACUUGCAGUUCAGACUUCCUUUGGGCCCUUCCCCUUACAAUGCACUACCCAGGCACGCGAUUUAGGAUUCAUUAUGACGAGCAGCUUCAAGCCUUCGAUGCAAUGUCGAUACGCCGCCAACAAAGCGCGACGAGAAUUGUUUCGCCUCAGGAGGGCUCUGUGUAAUACCAAGCCAGAAGUGUUCCUGCCACUAUACAAAGCAGUGGUUAGGCCACACUUAGAGUAUUGUGUUCAAGCUUGGUCGCCCUAUCUCCGUGAUGAUGUUCUUUGCCUGGAGAAGAUUCAAAGACUAGCAACCAGGAUGGUUGAAGGUCAACGGGGGAAGCCGUAUGAAGAUCGCCUAAAGAGCCUGGGGUUGUUUUCCCUUGAACGGCGUAGACUGAGAGGCGAUCUGAUAGAAACAUUUAAGAUCAUGAAGGGCUUCAGUGCCAUCGUGCCCUCUGAUUUAUUUGAGCUGACUGAUUCUGAAUGCUUGCGUGGACAUCGCUUGAAGCUCAAACAACAGAGAGCUAGACUGAACGUCAGGGCUAAGUUCUUCUCAAAUCGUGUAGUGCGCAACUGGAAUAAGUUGCCUUCGGAACUAAUGGAUUGUGAGACUGUGGUUGCCUUCAAAGCAGGCCUAGACAGGUGCUGGCCGCGUAUUUUUCCGGAAUUAAUAUAA